AUUAAGCAUGUUACCAUGGUGACGCAGUGACUCGGUUACAUUUACCACAGUGACCAGUUAGCCUAGCAUUGCUGCUCGGGGAUGUCUAGCUUGUACAAAUUGGCCGUUAUAAUGGCCAUGUAUCGUAUGUUUGGUCUAUAACCGGGUUAUGUCUUAAACAGUUAUUUAAUGGCAGCUCCAACAUGAUGACUUUCCAGGUUAAUGCAUCGCUGCCUAACGUUACCGCAAAGGCUUUAUUGUCGGAGCGAAGCUCAAAUUGCAGCCAGCGGGGCCCUGAUGCGGCUAGAUAUCCAGCAUACUGGAACGUUGGAAUGGGAGCAGGUGGAGGACAAGCAGCUGUCAGACAAAAUAGUCAAAUAAGGAGGACGUUGCCUGUGAUUCAACCCCUGAGCAAGUCCAGGGAUUGGAAAACCUUGGUUAGCGGCUACAUAGUUCGAGGGUCACCUGACCUGGCCAAAGAUGACCGACUGGGAACAGAGAUCAAUGGCCCAGAGAAGGACCUCUCUGGAAGACACUUUCUUUUUGAUAAACAAUGUGCGAGGUUAGAGAGGACCAGAACUGUGAUUCCUCCAAUGGCAAGAGACUACCAUGUGCACAGACCCGGCAACCAGCAUCCCCUCAGCCUCUCCAAGAAGCUUUCCCACAGUCAUGCAGGGCGGCCUUUCGACCUGGGCUACCCUGAAAGAUAUGAACUGAAUACAACUCCAUCCAUCCUCUUUCCCUCCACUUUAGUCCUCAAAGGCAGAAACACCUUCUCUGCUGAGAACUGCCAGCUUAGCAGGCCUAAGGUGAAUUAUCCAACCUACAACCCACUGACUGUUAAAGAUAAUCAAAAGAGCCAGUCCUAUCCAGACCCAGUGGUUGGAGCCUCUCGCUCUUUUAUCCACAGGAUAUCUGAGCUGUCCACCUUGGAGGGUGAGACGGUGAGACAAGAAAAACUCAAGAAAAUGAGGAAAGCUAAAAAACCUUCAUCCUGACAAUCACCUUCUUCCCAGUCACUCUGGUCAAGGAUCAAAACCUUUGAGUCUGUGCCAACAACGUUGGAGCAAAAUAAAACUUUUACGGCACCGUGUUCUUUUCGGUGGCUUGUUCUGACUGCUUGUUUGUCCUCAAUGGUAUUAGUUUUCUGCCUAACAUGGCUGGUCUUCACAUUUUGGGAUUCCUGACCUGAGCUCCUCUAUUAGUGAUUGCAUGUAGUAUUUACUGUGGUAAAUUACAGUGUUCGCUAUGACAACAAAUGCUGAUGAUGAAUAUUAAAUAUUUUCUUUUCUGACUCACAGCUGUCAGUAGUUUCCCACUCAACAUAUGCAUGAAAAGAUAUUUAUUUUACCUUUCUAAUGGCUUGUAAUGGCUGUUAUGUAAUUCUGCCAUAAUUAUCGAUCUCAUUACAAGAGUGUUUAAAACAUUGCUGUUGUAUAUGAAUCAAGCUGUGUGGAAUAUCUAUGUACAUAUUGAAUAGUUUAGCAAAACCAUUAUUGUGCCUUGUGAAACGUCUUCCUGGAAUUAAAUACAUUUCUUUUUGUUAUUGUUACUCCUUUUGUGAAGAACAUUUCCCCUUUGUGAGUCUUGGUUUUUUCUUAUAUCUUCUAGAGGGCUAAUAAAAGGAGCUUCCCCUUUUGGCACAUAUACUACAUAUCGACCAGCGCAAUAUUGAGAAUGCCUAAAAGAUUGCAAUGAAACAUAAUCUGCAUUCCAUAUCUACAAAACAGACACAAAACUGUGCCCCCAGAUCCCAGAAUGUGGUACUUUCCCACAUAAUGCAUUGUUGUAUUGUAUGGAAGAAAGCUCAUGUCUCUGAAUAGUCUUCAUUGUAUUUCACAAAGACAGCAUGGUGUUUUUGUUUAGAGAGAAAUGAGGAUUUUAUUAUUUAAAGAUGUAGUAGCUGGAGUCCUGAUUUCUUGUUUAAAAUUUGUGAUACUAUGA